AUGGAUAAGUUUCUCGGGGCCCUUACUCAGGACAAAGACGACAGCAGCGGCCCCAAUGCCUCGAGUCUCGGCACCGGCAAUAGUCCGCUCGCUGGCAACCUCCUUGGCCUCCUCGACAAUGACGACGACAGGCAACGUGCCGCCGACGAUGCCUCUCGCCGGGCUGGCGACUCCGGCAGCAGUGACCUUUUCAAGAGUAUUCUCGGCUCUCUGAGUUCCGACAAGGACAAAGUUGCGAAGCAGGAUAUUGAUGAGGAGGAUGCUGUUAACAAGCAUCAAAAGUAUUUCGGGAACGGCGACAACGACGAGCAGGCCGACUCUCGAGGUCUUGGUUCGGCUGCUGCCAUGCAGGCACUUAAGCUUUUACGAGUGGCCAGGAAGCCCCCAAAACCUCUUCCAGCACCAAGUCCGAGACUUUUUGACCAGAAGGCAUCCCAAGGCCAGGUUGCUCCCGGUGCCUCGAAGGAAUCUGCUGUUCAGCAGGCUGGAGAGAUGGCGCUCAAGAUGUACCUCAAGAGUCAGGCCCAAGGAGGUGGGAGCAGUGCUGGUGGAAGCGGUGGCGCAGGUGACCUCCUAGGUUUUGCUUCGAAGUUUCUCAAGUAG